AUGUAUGGUCCCGUCACCAUGCAUCAGUACAUUCCUCCCCCGCCGCCCCAGCCCUCGAGCACGCCCGCCGGCCACAUUGCGCUGCCUCCACCACCGCCACGGCCAACGGGCUACAACAACCUGGGCGGCAUCCCCAUUCCUCCUCCCCCGCACUCGACAAACUGGGGACCACCACGGCCCCAGUACCAGCAGCCGGGCUACGAUCCAGGCCAGUACCGCAUCUACCCCCACAACCUACCUCCUCCACCAGGCCCCCCGCCCCAGCAGAUUCCCGUCGAGCGCGAACCUCCUCUGACCUCGGCCACCUACAUCCCUGGCGGCGAGUCGUUUGGCCCUGGCGUUGGCAUCCCCCCGCUGCACACCUCCAGAGGCUACUCGGAGCCCUACUACAGAGACGACUCCCACUCGGCCACCACCGAUGCCCCGCCCCAGCCCUUUUCCAGCAACCUCCUCGACAGCGUCCAGAGCGUCCAGUAUGGCUCCAAUGGCUACAACAUGCCCCCGACACCCAAUGUCCGCAAUAACCUCAACAUACCCACCGACAGAACAAACGCCUAUGAUUCCCCCGGCCCUCCAACAGCAACCCUGCAAAACCCCAUGGUCCAGAGCCACGGCAGCGUCUACUAUCGCCCAGAGAGCAACGGCACCACGCCAAUAUCCCCCCACGAUGCCUCCAUGCAAUGGCCCGCCGAGCGCGUUCAGCAGUGGCUGGCAAGCAACAACUUUUCUCGCGACUGGCAAGAGACGUUUAGGACCCUGGGCUUGGAAGGAUCUAAAUUUCUCGACAUUGGCCGUGGCCACGGAAGCAAGGGAAAUGUGGCCAUGAUGCACCAAGUCAUCUUUCCCCAGCUAGCCAAGCAGUGCACUGCAAGCGGGACUGGGUGGGAUCAGAACAGGGAGCGUGAUGAAGGUCGCAAGCUCCGCAGACUCGUCCGUGGCAUCGUGGAAUCAGGCGCUUCAAAUUCGUAUCGGCCUCCGCCCCAACGGUCCGACACCGGCAUGACGAGCGCAGGCACAGAAGGCACGCUGGAGAGUUCGCCCUAUCUUGGAUCCCGCGGCAUGGAUUUUGGUUCCACACCAACAACUGCAGGCAAUGGCGAAGAGAGCCCCGGGCGCCAACUGCUCGUGCAUUCACCUGGCGCGAGUAUAAACCCGUCCAGGCGCAUUUCCACACAACAGCGCAACUUCACCGUCCCCGGCCUCGGGCCCACGCCAGACUUUUCAGAAGGACCUGCGCGCAGUCCCUACUCGCGCGAGGUUCUCCAGGGUCUCGACGUCAAACAGGUACGACACAGCCCAAACACGUCUUCUGAAUUCGGACCAUCGUCACUGGGCGCUGGAAACCACCGCCAGUCAAGCCCGCAGCACAGUCCAGGUCUUCCAUCUGCUCGCCUUGCUACAAACGGUGGACAGCUUAGCGCGGGCCUGACCACCCAAGGCUCCCGUUACUACUCGCCCCACAACCGUGUCAACAGUGCUGAAUCGAUCAAUUCUACUUUUGCCAACACUGGCUCAGGGCCACCUUCUGGCAGAUCCUUUGAGGGCCGUUCUGAAAGUCGUAGUGAGAAUCGGAAGAAUGGGUGGGAAGGCACGCGACCUAACGUGGGCCUCAUGGAUAUUCCUACUAGCGCCAAGGACCACGAAAAGGGCUUCUUUAAGAAGAUCAUGGGCGGAAGAAAGAAGGACAGCCACCCGUCUGACGAUGCUAGUUUAGAUUCCCCGACCAGUCCGGCCAGCCAUCGCACUCAUCCCAGCGGGUCUCUUUUUGGAAAGUCGACUAUGAACUCGAGUGAGACAUCUCUAAACGAGCGUCCUCCGUCAAGACGCUCUGCACAGACGGAUUCCGACAACCGUGCUGCUGGUCGUGGCCGCACUCACGGCAAGGAAGACCGGAAGUUUGCUUUUGUCACACCAGACGGCUGGAAUUACCGCCUUCUCGACAUCACCAACGUCGAUUCAGCGACUUCUUUACGGACACUAUGUUGUGAGGAGCUGAUCCAAGGAUUAAGCAAGGUACCCGGAGUUGAACUGCACCUGACUGUUCCUGGCCAGUAUGAACAUGAUCGCCCGCUUUCCGACUCCAAGUUGCUCAAGGCUCGGUCGCAAUACGGAAACCGGUUUGGUGAGCUAAAGAUCUUUGUCAAAAUACCUCCAGAAGGAGCAGUUGGGUCGUCAACCGGGCUUGGUGUCUCGCUCCCUCACACAGCUGCCCGGGCAGUUGACGACAAUGCAUACUCGCGUCUCAAUGCCGACUCGCAGCUGGACUCGCCAGGCGCCAAAUCAGAAGAAUCCACGCUGGUUGCAGACAAGAGUGCAGCUCUACGCAAAAUGGCCGACAAGAACGAGCUCUUACCCAGUGAUGCAGCCGAAAGGUCGCAUGGCGGCGGUAGCAGUAGUAGUAGCAGCAGGCCGCCCGAGUCCUGGGAUUCGCGUGGCGACGUAUCCGAAGAGGAACGCCGCAAGCUGCUUGAAGCAGCUGCAGAAGAGCACCGAAGGGAGAUGAAGCGGAAACAAGAAGAAUAUCUCAAAACUCGAUUCCCCAAGAUGAACGGGCAAAGCCCUGAUCUGAACUCGGCGACCAGCGACAGCAUUAGUUACCGAAGCCAGCGGGUCAUUGACUUUGACGAACCACGCGCUUCGCCUUACGAGGAUCUGAAGAAGCCAUUUGAUGAUCAACAGCGCAAGAGCAAGCAACUCGUACCCUUGAGGGAGCCGCCGCCUGUGCCGGCUGACACCAGUACACUUUUGAAAGCUAACUCGUUGACAAAGAACAAGAGUAGGUGUUCGUGGCCGGAGAGUGACGACGGCCAAACAAAAAGCCUUUCAGCAGAAUCCCAGCCUGAGAAACGCAAAGCCAUACCCCAGGGCGCAAGUGGGCUCGGCGGCAUUGCCGCAGCCAUCAUUGGAGCAGGCAACCUAGGAGCCGGUAUUGGAGCCGCCAACAGAGCACCUAACAAGGGUCCCCUUCCCCCGCCAAAGGACGAAAGCUCACCAGAAGGUAUCCGGCCCUCGCAACAGGUACUCCAGGAGAACGGUUUCGGCGCCAGAACCGCUUCUGGUAGAAAUAGUCCAGGUGGGUCGCCCCGCAGCCCUGGUGAAUAUACCAUGAGCAAAGGCAACAUACCAUUCAGAAUUCCUGACUAUGAAGAAGCUUUCAGUAACGAUUCCCCGACCGAGCGGCCAGACCUUAGCAUUUUGGUGCCGGAUUUCGCAGGCCCCAACCAAAGGGAUGAUCGAUCUCGGUCGCCAGGCCGCAGCCCUCACACCGCACAAUCUACUGAACCCAGCCUUAGCAGGGAGCCAUCUAGGGCAUCGGUAUAUGGCCCAACCCAUGACUUUGAGGAAACCCGAGUCUCUUUUAUCACAAAGUCGCCAAACCUUGAUCCAAUGGAUGCGGACGACGAUGAUUCUGAUGAUGGGCUAUUCCAGGCGCCACUCGCCGGACGAGCUGGUCCUCCUCCACCUGAAAAAGACGUACCCGUUACUAGAAUCAACUCUCGUAGCCGGAGACCGAACCUCCGACUCAAAACCCAAAGAUCAAAGAACUCACUAGCCCAGGUGACUGAAAAAUCCGCAGAACCAAGCGCAAUGGGCGAUCAUGAAUCUCAGGCCAGCGAUUGGCAUCCUGAGUCGGCUGCAUCAACAACAUGGACCGACUCUCCAGACGACACAAACAAGUUUUCGCGCCGUGAAUCAUUCGCUAGUGAUGUUUGGGCUAACCGUCCACCGGCCGAAACCCUCGUGGACCAUCUCGACGAGCUCUUUCCCAACGUCAAUCUCGAUCAGCCUAUGCUGGAGGAGGCCGAGACGGAUGCAUCUACAGAGUAUAUACCCGAGAACAAGCCUUUGCCAGCCGACCCUACUCCUGCGAACCCAGCUCUCCACAGGGGAGGUGCUGGACUGCAGUCGAUUGCACAGCGCAACAUGCGCAAAUCAGGCGCUGGCUUGGGACGCACAAAGUCUAUUCGUGAAGUCGUCAAGUCGCAGUAUCAGCCACUAGAGAACCGACAUUUGCCAGGCCAUAUACCCGCCGGACCAGGGCCAUCACGCGUUGCUACGUUGCGCAAUGGUGGUGACAUUAUCAGGAGGAAAUCGACAAAGAUGUUCAACGCCAGGACGGAACAAGUUCGACCGCAGCGCGGAUCGCGUCUUGUUAUGGAGACGAUACCCCAAGACCAUCUAUCCAGCAUGCCGUCGCGCCAGCCAACCUUCAAGUGGAUGAAGGGACAGCUGAUUGGCAAGGGCACAUUUGGUCGUGUAUACCUGGGUAUGAACAUUACGACUGGUGAGCUGAUUGCUGUCAAGCAAGUCGAAGUCAAUGCCAAAGCGGCCGGCUCGGACAAGGAUAAGAUUAAAGAACUGGUCAAGAGCCUGGAUCAGGAAAUUGACACUAUGCAACACCUGGAUCAUCCAAACAUUGUGCAGUAUCUUGGUUGCGAACGCAAGGAAUACAGCAUUUCCAUUUUCCUCGAGUACAUUUCUGGUGGGUCGGUAGGAUCGUGCAUCCGCAAGCACGGCAAGUUUGAAGAAAGCGUUGUUUCCUCUCUUACCCGACAGACAUUACUAGGUCUCUCAUACCUACAUCGCGAAGGUAUUCUGCACCGCGACCUCAAAGCCGACAACAUUCUCCUCGAUCUCGACGGGACGUGCAAAAUCUCCGACUUUGGCAUCUCCAAGAAGACGGACAACAUCUACGGCAACGACGUGACAAACAGCAUGCAAGGCUCCGUCUUCUGGAUGGCGCCCGAAGUAAUUCGCUCGCAGGGCCAGGGCUACUCGGCCAAAGUCGACAUCUGGUCUCUCGGCUGCGUGGUGCUCGAAAUGUUUGCGGGUAAACGGCCCUGGUCCAAAGAAGAAGCCAUUGGUGCUAUUUACAAGCUCGGGAGCCUCAACCAGGCACCGCCCAUCCCCGAAGAUGUCAGCCGUGUGAUUGGCGUCGAAGGACUGAGUUUCAUGUACGAUUGCUUUACGAUUGAUCCCAUGGAACGCCCGACAGCGGAGACGUUGUUGCGGGCGCCGUUUUGCUUCUCGGAUCCGAAUUACAAUUUCUUGGAUACGGAGCUAUAUGCGAAGAUUCGGGGCGCUUUUCAGUAGUAGAUGUUGUUAUCGUUUAUUUUUGUGAAAGAGGGGGAGGGGAAGGGGAAAUAAAUGUAUCGACACAUGUUUAUUAUUUUUUGUGGUGGUUCUUGACGUUGUUGUGGUUGUGGUUGUGGUUGGUGUUCCAUUGGUUAUAUACCCACUUUCUUUCUCCGCUUCUAUUUUGUUUUGUUUUUUUCUCUCUCUCUAAAAAGACAUCCUUCACUUGAACAAACUAUUUUCCUUUGUUUGAAAAAUUACUGGUGUGUGGGGACAAGGGGAGAGAGGGGUUGAUGCUUCUGCAUACCAUUACAUUCACUCUUUCUAUCUAAAUCUCAUUUCUUUUUCCCUUUUAUAUGCGGCAAAGGAGGGAAAGAUUGGUAGGGUUUAAUCAAUGACGAAGCUUCAAAGUCAACCUUUUUUU